AUGGUGCACACCCUAGUGCCGUGCCCUCAGGCCGCGGCCGGCGGCGGGGCCGUCCACGUGCAGGCCCGGUCCCGGUCCUGGGCUGCGCGGUAUGGCGCCCCUCUGCCGCUGCGCCGGUCCUGGCGCGCACAUGCGGCCCAGGCGCCGCGGUCUGCGCCUGCACAGCGCCGCCGGCGCCUGGUGCGGGCCAGGGCGGCCACGCAGGAGGCGCUGCCGACGCUGGCGAUCCCGGAGGGGUCCGACCUGCAGCCCACGGUCGUGAUGAAGUUCGGGGGCAGCUCCGUGCGGGACGCGGAGCGCAUGCGGGAGGUGGCGGAGAUCGUGUGUUCAUGUCCCUGCGGCGGCGACUCGGGGGCCCAGGGCGGGUACCUCCCGUGUCUGGUGCUCUCCGCGAUGGGCAAGACGACGAACAUGCUGCUUGAGGCCGGCGACGCCGCGCUGCGCUGCACGAGCGCGCCGGAGGUGGCGGAGAUUGCGGCACUGGAGAACAUCAAGGAGUUGCACCGCGCGACUAUGGACGAGCUCGAGGUCGACGAGGAGACGCGGGCGGAGGUGGAGAGGCUCUUGGGGGGCCUGGAGCAGCUGCUCGUCGGCGCGAUGAUCAUGGAGCACCUCAGCAACCGCGCGCGCGACCAGCUCGUCUCGUACGGCGAGCGCAUGUCGACGCGCAUCUUUGCGGGAUACCUCCGCCGCUGCGGGAUCCCCGCACGCCAGGUCGACGCGUUCGCGGCCGGCAUGGUCACCGACGACGCCUUCACGAACGCCGACGUCCAGUACGCCGAGGCGCUCCCGGCGCUGCGCGAGAGCCUGUCGUUUUCCCCCGGCGAGCAGCGGGCCGUGCAGGUGGUGACGGGCUUCCUCGGACGCGGCAAGAACACCGGCGCGGUGACCACGCUGGGCCGGGGAGGCUCCGACCUCACGUGCACGGUCCUCGGCGCCGCGCUCGGGCUCCCGGAGGUCCAGGUGUGGAAGGACGUCGACGGCGUCCUCACCUCCGACCCCCGGCUGGUCCCCGGCGCGCUGCCGGUCCGCGAGCUGACGUACGAGGAGGCCACGGAGCUCGCGUACUUCGGCGCGCAGGUCCUGCACCCCGCCGCGAUGCGCCCCGCGCAGCAGACGGGCAACAUGGCGGUGCGCGUCAUGAACAGCUACAACCGCACGGCGCCGGGGACCGCGAUCCGCGCCGAGCGCGACCUCAGCAAGAGCCUCCUCACGUCGAUCGUGCUCAAGGACGACGUCACGAUCGUCGACGUCGUCAGCUCGCGCUCCCUCGGGCAGGUGGGGUUCCUGGCCAAGGUGUUCGAGGUGUUCCGCCAAAACGGGAUCUCCGUCGACAUGGUCGCGACGUCCGAGGUGUCGGUGUCGGUCUCGCUCGACCCCGCGAAGAUCUGGCGGCGCCCCGUGGAGGACCACGAGCUCGAGGACCUCGGGCGCGAGUUUGCGGAGUUUGCCGAAUUCCGAGUGCGGCGGGGCGCGGCGAUCGUGUCUCUGGUGUGCAACGUGCAGCGGUCGUCGGAGAUCCUGCAGCGCGUGUUCGCCACGCUGUUCGACAAGGGCAUCAACGCGGAAAUGAUCUCGCAGGGCAGCUCGAAGACCAACGUGAGCAUCGUGAUCGACCAGUCGCGCGCCAAGGAGGCCGUGACGGCCAUCCACAGCGCGUUCUUCUGA